AUGGGGGAAGAGUACGAGACGUUUCUCGCGUGGAAGGAGUUGUUAGCUUACGGGAAAGGACAUCUAGACGCGAGAGAGGCCAACGGCUUUGCUCUUUAUCCGUUCCCCUUGCCCGUCUCUGCCGUCUCUCCAGUUGAAAGUCUGAUGGACACCGGCAUCGUGGACGGACAGGCGGGUUGGAUGUCGACACCGUACCUGCCGGACGAAAGGUCGGGACUGAGCGCGAGUGCUGAGCAGCCGGCAGCCCAUGAGCCGUCAAUUGGUGAAGACACUCGGCAAGCAGACGAAGAAGUCUCGGCGUUUUUCAGCGACAACCACCCACGGCUCCCCCUGGGGCGCUCCAGGGCUGCUCAGCGGGCGGGCAUUCUGCGGUUCACUCCCCCGGGAGGACACGCCUGGCCGCCUGCCGCGUCGACGAUCUCAACGCAUGCAGCGCAUGCAGUCCCGACGACUGCAGUUCACGCGACACGCCUCAGAAUGGCGCCCGGUGGCGCCUCUUCAGCCCGAGGGGCGAGGGAAGAGUCUCUCCAAGCGUCUCGGCAGUUUGCCGAAGAAGUUCUCUCCUGUUUCCACGUGCCGGUUUCGUCGCUUUCGUCGGUCCGCGUCACGCCGUCCCCCUUCGCCCUGGACAACAACCUUUCAACGAACCUUCGCGCUCUCCUCGACUCUCGACUCAUGGAGCGGAGAGGACAGGAAGACGGAGACGCGGGGAGCGGAGGCAGGCUCGGUAGCGAGCGGGGUGCGAAGCAGCAGGACGAGCAGCGUGGAGGAAAGGGAGAUGUCUUUGGCGGGAUUGUGUCGCAAGUCAUCGGCCUCGCCACUGACUUCGACGGCACCGUGACGGACGUCACGCCCCCACAAAAAAGCGAAAAAGAGAACACGGGAGAAGCGCAGAAACACGAGCAACAGGACUACGUCGACACCUGCGUCACGCUCUUCUCUCUCGCAAGGCAACGCGCGACUGAUCCGCAGAUGUUCGACGAAACGGUCGACGAGGCGGUGCGCGUAUACAGCGCAGGGCGCAAGCGUAUCUUGUCGCAGUUCUCGGUCGAUUUGGCGGGCAAAAGUGUAGGAACGAAAAGUGGAAACUCGACAAGAGAACUGAGACAGGACGAGGUUGGAGGCUGGUGUGCGUGUCCUCGGGAAGAGGCAGAAGUCGAAAGCGAAGCGCCUUUUUCACUGUCUUCGACUUCCUCGCCGACGGCUGCGCUCGCUGCGGUGCGAGACGUGCAGUUCAAUGCCAUCAAACAGCUGGACGCCUACGAAGAGAAGAUGGCAAACACGCCGCUGACGCGCAUUAUUCUCCGAGGCAUACGAAGAGAUACAUUCGAUACGGAUCUUCUACACGCCACGAACGCUAUUGACCUUGUGAAGCCGACUGCCCUUGAGACCAUCUUUCGGCUGCGAGCUUCGGAUGUGCCGGUCACGUUCAUCUCCCACUCGUGGAGUGCACAUCUCGUGGCGGCGACGCUUCGUCAUGCUCUCGCGCAAACUCUGGAGGCCUGUCUCUCGUCGAUGGGAGAGACCAGCGAGCAGGGGGGUGCGGAACGGGAAGCGCGGCGGAAAGGAGAAGAGGAACUGUCCAGGACGUGGGCCGAGAAUGUGGUUCAGAGCAUGACGUUCCAUGCGAACGAGCUCGUCUACGACGAGCGCGGUGUCAGUACAGGUCUCGUCGAGCCGCGCUGUGUGACGCUGGAAGCGAAGCGCAAGUACGCCCGAGAGUCGCGCGAGGAAGGCCUGCAGAUCCUCAGACGCCGGCUGAUGUCUUCAGGCGAUAGUGCGGGAGCGCAGGCGCGGAAUGCUGCAGACGAAGGGCGAGGCCGCGAGAGAGAGAACUUCUGGCUUAUCUUUGUUGGAGACACGCACGGUGACAUUCUCGCCCUCCUCGAGGCAGACAUCGGCAUCCUCAUCGGAGACCCGAGGAAGAACAUGGAAGCAAUUCUUUACCACACGGGCGUCGUCCUUCGCCCUCUCUCUUGGCUAGUGGAGAACUUCCGACAGCAAUUCAAGCAGCACGAAGAAAGAGAAGCGGCGCUCUGCGCGUCCUCGCCUUCUCGCUGCCCGCUAGCGAGAGCCGCCGGUCAGGCCGAGCGAGAGAGGCGAUCGCAGUUUUUCUUUCGUCUCCCCGCGCCGCAGGCGCCGUGCUGCUGUCCGUCUCCCUUUUCGUUUUCGUUCUUCGCGUCUUCGGAGGAUGGCCCACACGAGUCGCGAUGUCGCGUUCUGUAUGUCGCCCAGAACUGGGGCGAGAUCUACGAGCUCCUCUUUGGGGCCGCGCCCCCGGAGAAGGGAACGAGUGCAGUGUGA